AUGGUAACAGGGGAAUUUAACGGCGAAUGGGAAGGGCUGACAGAAGUGGAAAAGGAAGAGUAUUGUCCAUUUAAUGAUCAAGCAGUUACUGACGGGAGUAAGGUGAUACAUGAAGUCAGUGUAAUAUCGGAAGAUAGAAACGAUGUAGUGAAAAAAGUUUGUGAUAGUUCGGAUGAGAGAUAUCAGGCGGCACAGGAAGUUGGUGAGAGAUCGCAUCAAAGGAACAACAAUAAAAUGGCAAAAGAAAGUAAUGACAAAUGGGAUGUGAAAAAAAUAUAG